ACCAGAGGCGCCUCUCCCCAGCGCUUAUAUAGGGUAGGAUGACGUCACGGCACUUCUCGCGAGAUCUUGAGUUGGCGAGAGCGGGAAGUUUAAGGAGCCGACUGGGGGAGCGCCGGGGAGUUCUGUCACACAGUAACAAGACUCUGAGAGCCGGUAGUUCGGGCGGGCUAAGGAGUAGUUGGCGGCAGCCAGAGAUGGAGCGCAGGGGCCUCGCACAGGAGCUGCGGAGAUGGGCGGUAGAGGAGAUGGGACUCCCUGCCCUGAAAGCGCCCAGUGAGGAGAUGCUGCAGCGGUUAUUUAUCGGGCAGUGUGGGGACAUCUGGAAGUUUAUAAUACGCCAUGUUCACAGCCAGAGGACUGUGCGCAAGAUCGAAGGGAACCUCCUCUGGUAUCAGCAGCUCCAGCACACAGAGGCUCAGAGGACUGCAGAGGAGGAGCAGCAACAGCGCAGGAAGCAGCUAUGCAAGGAGAUUUUGGAGCUGCGAGCGGAACUACAACAUUUACAGGAACAAAUUCAGAGUGCAGAGCGAGAGAUAGUGAGCCAGGAUUUAAACUGUGACCGUGCACAAGAUUUGUGCCGUCGCUCACUACUGCUCCGUGCGUUCAACAAAAAAAGGGAGGUGGAGUGUGAGUCUUUGUGCCAAAGCAACAAAAAGAUCCAGUUCCGAUGUGAGCAGCUGCAAGAGAUUCGCAGGGCAUCACAAAGAGAGGUGAUGUUCACGGCCGUGGAUCCUGACCUAUCUUCCUCUACAUUCCUGGAACCCGAAGUGAUGAGAGAUGUGAGAGAAGCUUGCCAACUACGCUUCAAAUUUUUGCGGUCACUUCAUGAUGAUUCCAUCUCCAGCUCUGUACACCCAGGAAAAGAGGAUCUGCGCUCGCUGUCCCACCAGCAGUGGAUGAGUAUGGCAGAGAAGGUUUGGAAUACCCACACCCCUCAUCACAUCCUGGCGGCAUUAGAGCGACUUACGGUAAACUCGACCCAAGAGCUAAAGAAAUUGCAGUCCUCUCUGGCAGCUGAUCUAUCCAAGGCACCCUCUCAGCAGGCAAAGGAAUCCACUGAGCCCACAGCACAGACAAGUGAAAGGUCCCACCAAGAUCCAAAAGGGACUCUGCCAUCCUUUCACAGCCUGAUCCAGGAAGGCUGGGCUAAUUCCGUGAAGGUAUCGUCCGAGCUGCGCCGUGUUCAGAGCCAGGCCCAGGCCCUAUCGGAGCAUUUGGCUGAAAGGAUCCAAGAGAUUCACAAGAAACUGUCAGAUGGUAGCGAAGUGUCGGCGCUCACCAGGGUGGCGUUUGAUGCAGAGCUACGUUGCGUGAUUCUGCGAGGGUGCAGGGACGCUUUGCUGCACGAGUGCCGGAUACUUCAGGAAGAGGCAGCAGGCAAGAAGCAGGAAGUGAAGCUUUUACAGCAACAGCAGCAAAACAUACAAGAGGCUUGUCUUCUUCUGGACAAGAAGCAAAAACAGAUUCAGAUCUUAAUAAAGGGAAAUUCUUCCUCUAAAUCCCAGAUCCGGCGCAGCAGUGCAGAGGCCCAAAAAUACGUUCAGGAUAAACUGCUGCCCCGGCCCCAAGAAAUCGUACAGGAAUCUCAGCGCCUCCAGGACUCCAUCCAGAAGGAGGUUAAACACUUCUCUGCAAUCUCCCUCCCAGCAAUUUUGAAAGUAUCCACUGACGGAUUUAAUCUGGUUCCGUCCCGUGAGCUUUCCAUUAACCGUAUGUCAAACACACACGCUCCCUACUAUGGCAUCUUUAAGGGCAUCUACGAAAGUCUCCGCCUACCACUGUAUAAGGCGCCGGAGAGUGUGCUUAGCCAUGUUGCUGAUAUGAAAAAGCAGCUGUUUUUCUUGCGUUCCCAAUUAAGUAGCCGCAGUGAAGCCAUUAGCAAAAUACAAAGGGCCCUGCGGAAGAACACUAAUCCAGAUACAGACGCUUUAUUGAAGUCUCUUUCCGCCCAUUACUCUCAGCAAAUUGACGAGAUGGUCCCCAAGUUGCAGCACCUUAUACAGCAAUGUGAGAAACGCCAGGAGUAUGGAAGAGAGGUGCAAGCCACCGUGAUGGACUGGUGGGAACAGCCCGUACAACUGUGCCUGCCUUCGGAGCAGAGAGGAGGGCUAACUCUGCGCCAGUGGAGAGAAAGAUGGACAGUUGCAGUGACAGCCCUGCAGAGAGCUACAGGAAGCAGAAGCUGAGAACCAACGGUGGGAAAAUGUGUGGUACGGACACUAGAUGGCGCAGUUGAGUUUGUCAGAAGCUUUGCUCUCCCUGUUGGUACAGAAUAUGACUUAUUAAAGCAUUUUGUGUGAGUGGUGGUCACAUACAGGCUGGAUGUGAUGGAUACGAUUUUCAUUUUCGUGUACACACACUGGCCUUGCAAGCAGACCUGGGGUAUUCUAGGUGUCUGUGCGGGUAGGAGAGCAGCCUAAGAUAGCCAAGCUGUUUGUCUUGAUAGGUGAGAAGACUUAGCUUAUAGCUUCCUUAUUCUAGGUGCCAAAACCGCUGAUUGCUGCAUAUUUUAGAUGGUAAUUGCCUGACCUGGGCUAUUGCCUCUGUGUAUUUUGACUACGGCGCCCCCCGGAGCUAUAGAUUGCUUGGGUGCCAAAAUAAAAGCUCUGAACAUUGUUCCGUACAUUGGAUAUUAUUCCAACCUCCAGGGUAAAAUCAAGUGACGUUACUUAGCGUAUACUCUAUUGAGAAUUUGUGCAGGUUCUGCUCAUCCUUAGCAACCUAUGGAUAAGGACAUUAUCAUUCUGCUGCUUGAAAGCAAACGUCUGAUUGGCUGCUGUGGGCUACUACAUUGUGCCUAUAGUUGUAUUGCACUUUAUAUUGGCUGCACUCGCACACUUUUCUUACUUUUCUCUCUCUACAGUGUAACAUUCUAGUCACUAGCAUUUUACCUAUAAAUAAACGUCUUUCCAUCGCA